AUGCUGCGGCGACCUACAUCUAGAACGUCCAGCACAACUCACUACUCGAGCGAUGGGAUGGCCCCGUCUAGUCUGACCAGUGGAACGAGUGGGACUUCCAGAACGAGUUUGACCAGUUGGAUGGAUAGGACAGAAUUGGCCGAGAGAGAGGAUGACAAGGAAGAGCUGUUAAUUGAUAUGAGCGAUGAUGCGCCAGUGGAACGGGUGGAACGGGUGGAACAGCCAUCGCCAGCGGAGAAGCUCAAGCUGCUGUUGAGGCAGAUGGAUGCGGAAAUCAGGGAGACGGGACCGGCAAAUCAAAGUGGUCCGAGUCGGACAGCGUCUGGAUGGAGAGAGAAGAGGAUGAAUGGGGAUGAAGCGCGAGAGGAGGAGGAGGAGGAGGAGGACGAUAGUCCUCCGACACCGCCGAGGCGGAUCCCAAGUACGAGAAUGUCUCAACACGUACCCUCUCGGGCUGCCGUCCUUCGAGCCAGUAAAUAUCCUCAGGAGCCGCGUCAAAGUACAUCCCGCUCUCCGGAGCCUUCUCAUCCCACACCUCUUGAGACCUAUAUCGCCCGGACAUCCUCUCGCUCGUCCCUCGAUCAAUCAGUCUCCUCCACCUCCUCUCGCAAAGGCAAGGAGAGGGCACAUGAUUCGCCUAAAAGUUUGACACCUGCCAGGAGUCGAGUUGCAUCUGGUCGUACACCGCGACGCUGGGACGUAGAGCUGGCGCCUCCUGCGGACGAAUUUGCAGAGUACGCCGAGGACCUCGAAGUGAGAGGUCACGUCGAGCUCGAUCUGGAGGAGGAAAGUGGAGAUCCACCACCAUGGGAGAGCGAGACAAGCGGUGACGAGCGGGAAGAAUGGAAACCACCACCACCACCACCAGCAACAGAAAUUCCCAGACCGAGCCCCGAUCGUACACCUCUGCGCAGAGUGCCACACGCCAGCCCCAAUCGUUGGCGGGACACCUCUCUGCCUGCUUUACCACAACCGAGUGACCUUGAGACGGACGAGGAGCAGGAGCUGGUGUCGAGACGGACCAACAUGUUCAGAUCGCCAAAAACGGUCCGACCUCUGAAUCGCUUUGCUCAUCUGUCAAAGGGUUCGGCAGCGGAAGAGUCUUUCAGGCCGACACCGCAUCCGCCGGGACGAUUCACGCCUCGAAAUGAGCUGGUCGAGACUGUCGAAGACGUCUCGGUCCACCGCAUCAAGCUGUCUCCGGCAAAGUCUAAACCCCUACCUCCCCUACCUCGGUCUCAAACCUUUGCUCAAGCUCAAGAGGCUCUGCGUCAGGCAUCUCAGGCAUCUGACGUUGCUCGAUUACGGGUCGAGUCGGCACAACGACAAUGGCUUGACGCGCUCGCGACGGCUCAAAAGGUCGGCGAUGGCGCUCUGAUCAUGGCGAAAAAGGGCUGGACUUGGAGUUCUUGGGCAUGGUGGGUCAGUAUAGAGGUACUGCUGGUCUGGGGAGUGUUCAGAGUGACCCUGGACUAUGCUCAAUCGACGGCUUUCCUUGCUUCUAUCGAUCCGUUCUCUCCUCUCCUGUCGCCGACCCGGCAUUUGGCCAUGGCUGUGCCGAACCCGUCGAGUUUGUCGAUAUUCGCGGUGCCUCAUCGCGGUUCUGCCAAUUUUUUCGAUCUUGUCGAGAGAGCCCAUGUGUGGAAAUUCUUGCAUACUUGGGACAGUGCUACGUUAGGCGAUGAGGUGAGGAUGCUAGGCGGAGUACCGACGUAG